AUGGCCAUAUUCGAACCGGCCAACUGCACAGUCGGGCCCGACGUCCCAGUGGCCAGCGACGGCGGCGUCGCCGGCCGCGGCGUCAUCCUCGCCGCCAUCAUCACUGCUGGCGUCUCCCUCAUCCUCAGUAUGUCCAUCAUCGUGCACGAGAUGUACGACAACCCCUCCCGGAUUCGGCGGAAGCUCCUCAACAGCUAUUCGGACCAGCAGCUCCUCAUCAGUAUCGGCAUCUCGUGCGUCGGCCUCGCCAAGGUCCACGAGAUGGUGCCCUACCACUUCUUCAUCAUCUGGAUGCUCACAAACAUGUCGCUCGCCGUUCACAACGCCACCCUGCUUGCCCUCGCCCGCGACUUCCGCCGCGACUGGGUCUUGCGCUGGCUGCGCCAGAUCUUGAUGCUUCUGAGCCUGUCGCUCAACACCACCUACGGCGUGUUCAUUCUCCAGGGCGUGUCGAGCAACAUGCAGGAGUCCAAGCUGCCCGUCGCCUGCGUCUGGAUUGUCGGCGACGCGGGCAAGGGUUCUCAGACAGGCCUGAGCUACUUUGGCACCAUCAGCGUCAUUGCCGCCAACAUCAUCGUCUUCAUCCUCGCGAGUUGGUACCUCCACCACAAGGGCUUUCGGAGGACACGCCUUUCACGCGCGUUCCAGGUCGUCGGCACCCUGAUCAUGAUGGCGUCCGCCAUCGGCGCCGCUACCCGUGUCAUCAUUGCCUCGGACGCCUGGGGCAACGGCCCGGCCUACGAGCUCCAGGAUGAUGGCGAGAAGAGAUGGGGCUUCGGCCAGCUGCUGUCGAUGCUCGUGCUCAUCUUCCCGCUUGUGUCCAUGACGGAAAUCAUCCGCGGCGAGAUCGGCGUCAAGGAGUGUGAUUUGUCGAGCAACACGGGCAACGACACAGAAAUGGGCAACUACCGCGGCUCGGUCAACUCGUCGUCCCAGGGACUCGUCUUCUUCGGGGUACAGAACAACAGCUUCAAGUGA